UGACAUUUUCUCUUAUGUAGGACCCAAGGGCUUCUACCUCCCAGUCUUUUACAAACAUGAUGACACUGGACAACGAUGCUGCAGUGGAAUUACUGAUGGCGUCGGAUCCCACUCCAAGUAGUGGAGGGAAAGGAGUAUCAAGGCCAGGCAGCGGCUACAUUCAAUGUGAAGAUAUCCAGCUUUGCACAUCUUGGAUGAAUAUCAGCAAUGACCCCAUCGUCGGUAAUGAGCAGCCAUCAAAAAUUUAUUGGAAUAGGAUUGCUGAUGAUUUCCACCAGAACAGAGACUUUGAUUCCAAUAGGUCUGCCAAUUCUCUCGAGCAUCGAAUGGGGAUCAUACUGAAGGAUUGCAUGCUGUUCCAAGCAUGCUAUGAACAGAUCGAGCGCCGUAAUCCCAGCGGCGUCCCGUACCAAGAACAUAUGAUUGAAGCUCAAGCAAGGUAUGCUAGAGCUUCAAGUGGAAAAAGUUUCCAACUCGUCCAUUGUUGGCUCAAGGUGAGACAUUGCGAGAAGUUCGCAUCACUGAGACAAAACAAGAUGCCGAGUAGAAAGCAAGACGCUGCACCAGAGGGAGAAGAACAGCAAGAGGCCAGCCAAGGCCCUCCUUCCAAGAAAGCCCGACCUCCGGGUAGAAAGCAAUCCAAAGACAAGCUAAAAAAAAUGAAGGAGAUGACGAGUACAAGGAUAUGAUGCAAAAUUUGAUGGUAAUGAAGGCUGAGGAACAUAAGAUGAAGAAAGAACGAUGGGACAAAGAUAUGGCGCUCGAGCAGCGUAGGCUACAGAUGGAGGAGCGGCGGCUGCAGUGGGAGCAGGAAAAGAAGAUCAUGUUCUGUGACAUGACUACCAUGGACGCUCAUCAAAGGGUGUAUGUCUUGGCGAAGAGAGCUCAAAUAGCAAAGGAGACAAGUGCUGCUGUAGUUGAUAGCGCCGGUGCUAGUGUGGGCGACAGCGGGGAGAGCGUAGUGUAGGCUAAAAUUCUCUAGUUUGGUCUUUAGAGUUUAUAUAUUGGUUUGUAAUUAAUGGAUACUGCUCUACUGUUUCUAUUCAGUUGCGCUGAAUAUUCACAUGGGAUCUGUUCAAAUGUAAUAACCUGAAUGUUCACUGUUGGUGAAACAUUUGAUGAUGUGUUUGAUCUUAAAAUACUGGAGAAUGCAUUUGUGUUCAUGAAACAAGAUCUGAAGCA